CAUCUCAUUCUCUCUUCUUAUAAAUUCAUAUCCUUUCAUUAACAAAUGGCAGAAAAUACAAACGGUAAUCCUAAUCCUACUCCUGAUCCUAAUCCUGCUCCCGCUCCUGACCCAACCCCCAAGUCUAAUCCUCCUGAAGCAGUAGCUGUGGCAGUACCAGAAGAAGCAAGCAAACCUCAAGAAGUAACAGAAAGGAGGAUCAUGACUCCUAGUAAAUUAAUGAUGAAAGUGAAAAUUUAUGCUGGAUUAUUAUCAAUAAUCACUUUCAUUAUAUCUCUUCCAAUUCUUGCUUCAGUCGUAUGGCUACUGUACAUGAAAGAUUAUGAUUGUGAGAAGCUUUUGAGGUUGCCAAAGCUUCAAACUGGGCUUGGAGUUGGUUUGCUCUUUCUUUUCUUGCUUAGCAAUGCUGCUGUGUUCUUUAAAGCUCGAUUUCCGCUUCCAAGUUUUUUUGUUAUUAUGGUGCCUUUGAUUGUGGUUCUUACAAUGGGUCUUGCACUUGUUGGAACUUAUAAAAUGGAGAGCAGUAGAAUAAUGGCUUCGCCAAUGUGGUUUAAGGAAAAAGUUCGUAAUGACAACAAUUGGAAGAAUCUUAAAUCUUGCAUUUACAGUAGUGGGGUGUGUGAUGAAUUGGCUGCAAGAUCUAUCACUCUUAAAGCAUAUCAGUUCAGUUUGAAGAAAUUAACAUCUCUUGAGUCUGGAUGCUGCAACCCACCAGGAAUAUGUGAAAUGGAUUAUGUGAACGCAACAUAUUGGAGGAGAUCUGGGGAUGGAGUAGAAGACAAAUAUGAAGUGGCAGAUAGCGACUGUAAUACAUGGGACAAUAACAGAACAGUUCUAUGCUAUGAUUGUGACACGUGUAGAGAUGGUUUUGUAAGAGUAAUGGAAAGCAAAUGGUGGAAACUGGGGGUCUUCCUCAUUUUCAUGGCUUUGCUUCUCAUUGUCUGUCAUCUGUUGCUCUUCGUUGCAGCUAUGUGGCAGCGUUACAGCGGAUAGCUCAAGUUUAAGCACUUAAUUUAUCAGAGCAGCUCUAGCUAGCUAGCACAACAUUCUUUUAUUAUUAUUAUUAUUAUUUUUUUUUAUGUUAGUAUUUUCCUUUCUGUUUUUUUGGAUAGAUUGUCUCUUUUUUCGUAAUAAGCUAGGAUAGCAGCUAGGGUGUUCUCUCUUUUGUUUAUUUUUGUUUUGUUUUUAGUUUGAUAUCUAGACUUUCGUUUUUUGGUUAAUAAAAUAAUUUGUAUUUCAAUAUUGUUUAUUGGCAACACUUGCACAAGCAA